GCGUCUGUGAUUCGGCUGAAGAAAGGUGUGACAAAGUGUCCAAACACGCAGAAAAAACUCCUGCUGAAGCAACUGAGAUCCUCGUGACACACUAUUAUAAAGAUGGCGUUUAUUAAAGUUGAGAGUGAAGACAUGAAGAUUGAAGAAGUAUUCAGAGUCAGACAUGAAGAUACUGAGACACAAACAGAGUCUCCUGAUAAACAGUCAGAGACAGAGGAUGUGCCAAACCCCAAAGAAACUUUCACCACCCACAAAAAUUACUGCUACGUCUGCAAGAAACCUCAGUCUAAAAUUUCACGUCACUUCAAACAGCAUCAAAACAGUGAGACGGAAAUUGCUGCUGCAUUCUCUCUCCCUAAACACUCCAAGGACAGAAAACAGUUACUUGAGAAGCUACGAAACAGAGGCAACUACCAACACAAUCAAGAGGUUAUAGAAAGAAAAAGAGGACCACUGAAAAUUAGGAGGCGCACAGGAAGAUCAGAAAUCGAGCUGAGUGCCAAAACAUUUGUGCAUUGUGUAUACUGUAAAGGCCUGUUUGUUCGCAAGGAGCUGUGGCGCCAUACACGGAGAUGCCCUUCAAAGAUGUCUGAAGCAACUGGCAAGGCCAAAGUAUUAGAUUUGGCUGAUAUUGCAGAGUCAACAUUCUCCCAACCAAUAUCUCCUGAGGUGUGGAAGAUCUUGGGAAAUAUGAAGAAUGAUGACAUUUCAUCAGUAGUUCGAAAUGAUUUCCUCAUACUUCAGUUGAGUCAAUGUCUUUACAACAAGCAUGGCAGUGAUCCAUCAAAAUCUGAAUACAUCAGACAGAAGGCUCGAGAAAUGGGCAGACUCUUGCUAAGAUUGAGAAGAAAAUACUCCAUAUAUAGCUUUGAAGAUGCUGUGAAACCGAACCAUUUUUACAAAGUCCUUGAGGCUGUGAAAGAUGUUGCUGGUUACGAUGAAAAGAGCCAUUUGUAUAAGACGCCAAGUCUUGCACUGAAGUUAGGACAUUCACUUAACAAGAUUGGUGACGUUAUUCUCUGCAGGGCCAUCGCAGUAGAGGAUGAUGUUAUGACAAAAGCAGCAGAGCGAUUCAAAAGACUGUGCUCAAGUGAAUGGACAGGACAUGUCUCGCAUGCUGCUCUUGCUACUUUGAACAAAUCAAAGUUCAGCAAACCAUCUACUAUACCAUUCACACAGGACGUGCAGCUUCUCCACCAGUACCUAGAGAAGAAAUCAGUUGAAGCUUCUGAAAGCCUAAAAAAUCACGAGUCUUCACAGACAUAUGCAGAACUUGCCAAAGUGGCACUUGCACAAGUAAUAAUAUUCAACCGACGUUGUGCAGGAGAAGUCUCAAAAAUGACGCUGGAAUUGUAA